AUGGCUGCAUCAUCGUCGCAGCUAGCGGUCUGCAGAUCGUUGACUUGUCCCCAAGCGACGAAGCUGCAUUCUGAACUUCUCCCGUGGCGGCGAUCGCCGUCGUUUCUGCACUCCCUAUCUCAUCACGAUGUCUCGCACAAGCAGCCUUCCGCAUUCCGCGGAGCACGCCUCCGCGCAAUCAAGGGGUCCGGGGAAGGGGAGAAGGGGAAGCAAGGACCGCUGAAAGUAGAGGAGGAGGAGGAGGAGGAGGAAGAGGAGGAGGAGGACUGGGAGGAGGAAGAGUGGGAAGAUGAAAUCGACGAUUUAGACGAAGAGGAGGAGGGUUUAGAGGAGGGAGAGCAGGAAGGGGAGGUGGACGAGGAGGAGGACGAUGCUGUUGUACAGAUGGCAGCAGCGGAUUGGGAGAGAGCAGCGAUGGCGGUGGUGGUGGAGGCGAUAGAGAAGCAGGACGAGAGCAGGCGCAAGGGCUGGCGGCGGCGACGGGAGGUCACGGAGGAGGUACCGGAGCAUCUGCUGCCUCGAGUGGCCAUAGUGGGGCGACCCAAUGUGGGCAAGUCAGCUCUCUUCAACCGCCUCGUGGGGCGCAACAUAGCCAUAGUGCAUGACGAGCCCGGCGUGACAAGGGACAGGCUGUACGCGCGUGCUCUCUGGGAGGGCCGGCAGUUCCUUCUCACGGACACCGGAGGCCUCAUGGACGCACCCAAUGCUGCUGCUGCUGGUGCCGGUGGUGGUGCUGCCGCUGCUGCUGGUGGUGCUGCUACCAGUGGUGCUAGCGGUGCUGCUGGUGCUGCUGCUGCGGCUGCUGAUGAUGCAGAGGGUGUGGGUGUGAAGAGGGGCAAGGGCGGUAGGGGCGGGAGGGCAGGGCGGGGAUCAGCUUCGUCCACUGCAUUGUUGGCACUGGCCAAGGCCGAUGGCGUCGCAGUCAUCGGUGGUGGCGGCCGAUUGGCCAACGAGCGGGCGGCAAAGGAGGCUGAGGUGGCGGGUUUGCCGGAGCUGAUUGGCCGACAGGCUGCUGCUGCCGUGGAGGAGGCUGAUGCGAUCAUCAUGGUGGUGGAUGGGCAGGCUGGCGCAACAGCUGCUGACGUGGAGAUUGCUCAGUGGCUGCGGCGGCGCCACGUGGCAAGCAGCAAGCCGGUGUUUCUGGCAGUGAACAAGUGUGAAUCACCCACCAAGGGGCUCCUGCAAACCGCAGAAUUCUGGUCUCUGGGCCUGACCCCCAUGGCUGUAUCUGCCCUGUCAGGCACGGGCACGGGCGACCUGCUGGAUGAGCUGAUGAAGGCUCUGCCGUCCGCUGAGGAACCCGAAUCGUCCACUUCUCUUUCCGCGAUCACCGGCAGCGACACUGCUGCUACCACACAGCUGGGGCGAGUGUCUCUGGCAAUAGUGGGGCGGCCCAACGUGGGCAAGAGCAGCAUAGUGAACGCGCUGCUGGGGGAGGAGAGGACCAUCGUGAGCCCUGUCAGCGGCACCACCAGAGACGCUAUCGACUCCAAAUUCACCGGGCCAGAUGGACAGGAGUACACAUUGAUCGAUACAGCGGGUGUGCGCAGGCGAGCAGCAGUGGCAGCAGGCAGCAGGGCGGAGGGGCUGUCAGUGAAUCGCGCGCUGAGGGCCAUCAGGCGGGCGGACGUGGUGGGGCUGGUGGUUGAUGCCAUGCUGUGUGUCACAGAGCAGGACCUUCGACUGGCGGAGCAGAUAGAGAGGGAGGGCAAGGCGUGUGUGGUGAUAGUGAACAAGUGGGACACGGUGCCGGAUAAAGACGCCACCAGCACAGUGAGCUACACGGAGGACGUGCGGGGGAAGCUGCGCUCCAUGCCCUGGGCUCCGCUGGUGUUCACCUCUGCGACCACGGGGCAGAGAGUGGCCAAGAUUUUGGAAGCUGCCCGUUUUGCUGCCCAGCAGCGGGCCAAGCGCCUCACAACAGCCACACUGAACCAGGUUCGGAAGGGGAAGCAACAGGAGGGGCCGGAGGGGGAGCGGCAGGAGGGGCAUCAGGAGAACAAGGGAAAGGUGGAGGGAGGGGAGGGGGAAGAGGAGGGAGGGGAGGGAGAGGGAGAGGAGGGGGUGGGAGGGGAGGAGCCUCAUCGAGGGGAGGGAAAGAGGGGAAUGUGA